CGCUUCACACUGAAGCCUGAUAAUGGGGCCAAACAGUCACCUCAAACACAGACCUUCACAGGAUGCAGAGAGAGAAUUUGGAGGAACCUUGGGUGCCGUUUGCAUUCCCAUCCUCCUUCCGCUGACAGUGCUUUUCCUGAUGUCUGUGAGUCGAUCCUCUGAGGCCGCUGUGUUCCGGUGGCCCCCUCCCUUCCCCUCCGCUGACCAGCUCUGGGACCCGCUGGCCCCGGUGAUUCUGCUAGGCUGGAUCAUUCUGCAGGCUUUCCUCUACGUGUUGCCAUUAGGAACGGUGUCUGAAGGAUUAGCACUUAAGGAUGGAACACGCCUCAAAUAUCCCAUAAAUGGUUUUCCUGCACUGUGCGUCAGCGGUGCGCUGCUGAUGCUGGCGCUCGGGGCUCGCCUGGGGGAUUUAUUUGAGCUGCUGCUGCCUCUGGCGCUCUGUGCAAUAGCACUGUCAUUCCUCUUCUCCUUCUACCUCUACAUCCGCUCCUUUUGGUCUCCUUCCUGUGCUCUCGCUUCGGGGGGGAACACAGGAAAUCCCCUGUAUGAUUUUUUCAUGGGACGGGAGCUAAACCCCCGGAUUGGAACCUUUGACCUUAAGUACUUCUGUGAGCUCAGACCAGGUCUGAUUGGUUGGGUGGUCAUAAACCUCUGCAUGCUGAUGAAAGAGGUGGAGCUUCGUGGUAGCCCCUCCCUCGCUAUGCUGCUGGUAACCAGUUUCCAGCUGCUGUAUGUGGCCGACGCUCUGUGGAACGAGGAGGCUGUUCUGAGCACCAUGGAUAUUGUGCACGAUGGUUUUGGCUUCAUGCUGGUUUUUGGAGACCUGGCUUGGGUUCCGUUCACUUACAGUCUGCAGGCCGCCUUUCUCGUCAAUCACCCGCAGACCCUAAGUUUAGCUGGGGCCAUGGCUAUCAUUGUACUAAAUGGUGUUGGUUAUUACAUUUUUCGAAAAUCCAAUUCCCAGAAGAACCAGUUUAGACGAGACCCGACACAUCCCGAUGUUGCAAAAUUGGAGACAGUUGUCACAUCAACAGGAAAACGGCUGCUGGUGUCAGGCUGGUGGGGUCUAGUUCGACAUCCUAAUUACCUCGGUGACCUCCUCAUGGCUCUCGCAUGGUCUCUGCCAUGUGGAUUUUCACAUUUUCUUCCUUAUUUCUACGUCAUUUAUUUCACUAUCUUGCUGAUUCAUCGGGAGGCCCGUGAUGAGCGACACUGUAGGACCAAGUACGGAUUAGCGUGGGACAACUACUGUUGCCGUGUCCCCUACAGAAUCUUUCCUUACAUCUACUGACGAUGAUGGGACUUGGAUUGAAGGGGACUGAAACCUUUGCAGCAUCACCAUGACUCUGUCAGUCCAUGCAGCCUUGACAGUAAGUCCAGAUCAGUCACUUUGAUGAGUUUGGCGAUGAGUAAAUAUGAUGCCGCUGCUGGAAAUCUGAAGAGUUUUAUUCAGACUACGACUCAACACAAUGUCAAAUGUGCCUCCUUUCAGAUUUAUUGUUGCUAACUCUUAAGCUUUAGACGGUGCUUUUGUUUAUAACGUGAAAUGCAGUUUA